GACGAGACUCGACUCGACUCGUCGUGAACCCCAACGACGACAUCCUCCCUCUUACAAAAACAACACAGGCUGGCAGACACGUUUUCCUCGCUCGGUCGCUGGCGUUCCACCGGACCACAACAGAGAAAGAGAACCGCUCAACUCAAGGAAUAACAACCACCCUACCCUACCCUACCUACCUAGACCACUCCACCACCACCUCUUCCUCUGCUUUUGACACUUCCCCUCCCUGUUCUGUUCACAGAUCUGUCUGCAGAUCAUUUGGCAGACGAGACGAGCUCAGAAAUCUUGCAAGUUCUUGGAAUUUAUUUACAUACUAAAAGAAAUUGUCCAUUUUAUUAGAUAUCAUAUUGGUGUCAAAACCGGAAGCCCACUUGUCUCUCACUUUAUUGUUUGUUUGAAUACCCAUCCCCCAACCCAACCUUCUCAUAUUUGUCCAAUUAACUUGCUUUUGCCACACUCCAUUCACUCUUUUGAUAGAAUAGCAAAAAGCCUUUUUUUAUUAUUUUUUUUAUUUUUUAUUUUAAAAAUGGCAACUUCAUUGCAUUUUUGUGGAGUCAAAAAUCCUCACCCUUCUUUUUCGAGGACAAAUUUGCAUUGCCAGCUUCGUUUUUCUGUAUCUGCGGCUUCACUUACUGGAUUAUGUACUAGAGCUGUAGAAACUUCCUGCACAAGGAGAGUUUUAAGAGUGAAUUGCGAGGGAACAACUGUCCAUGUGCUUGAGCGGAAUAAAAUUCAAAAUCAAAAUUGUGAUGGGGUCUUCCAUGAGCUGACAUGCGUUAUGAAGUUUGGUGGAUCAUCAGUGGCCUCAUCUGACAGGAUGAGAGAGGUUGCUGACCUUAUUCUCAGCUUCCCAGAAGAGAGGCCUGUCAUAGUUCUCUCUGCCAUGGGAAAGACUACUACCAAGCUUUUACUGGCUGGAGAAAAGGCUGUCACUUGCGGUGUUUCCAAUGUCUCUGAUGUUGAUGAGUUCAAUUUUGUGAAAGAAUUGCACCUCAGGACUAUGGAUGAGCUAGGAAUUGACAGGUCCACUAUUUCAACACACCUAGAAGAAUUGGAGCAACUUCUGAAGGGAAUUGCUCAAGUGAAAGAGUUAACUCUACGUACGAGAGACUACUUAGUCUCUUUUGGGGAGUGCAUGUCGACAAGAAUUUUUGCAUCAUAUUUAAGUAAAAUUGGUGUUAAAGCUCGCCAAUACGAUGCAUUUGAUAUUGGUUUCAUAACGACAGAUGACUUCACAAAUGCGGAUAUUCUGGAAGCAACUUAUCCGGCUGUUGCAAAGAGGUUACACAGUGAUUGGAUUAGUGAUCCUGCAAUUCCUAUUGUUACUGGCUUCCUUGGAAAGGGCUGGAGAUCUUGUGCAGUGACUACAUUAGGUAGGGGUGGUAGUGAUUUGACAGCCACAACCAUUGGUAAAGCCCUGGGGUUGCGAGAAAUUCAGGUGUGGAAGGAUGUUGAUGGUGUUUUGACGUGUGAUCCUAACAUAUAUGCACGCGCAGAACCUGUGCCAUAUCUAACAUUUGAGGAGGCAGCAGAGCUUGCUUAUUUUGGUGCUCAGGUAUCAUUUUAGGGAAAUUCUACUAUACACACCGCCUACCAUAUGCACCCCUAAGUUAUAUCAUUUUCUUCUUUAAUUAUGACUAAUUUUCUUCUUUAGUUAUGACCUUGUUUUAAUUAUCACUUAUGAGAUCUUUGGUUGUGCGUCAUGUGUUGUUUGGUUAUGAUUUUUUUUUUUUUUUAGUUAUGACUCUGAAAGUAUGAAAUUGUAUCAUUUUCUUCUUUAGUUAUAAGGUGCAUACGGUACACACCAUUUGAGAGGUGUGCACCAUAGUCUUUCCCAUCAUUUUAUGGCAUGCAUUGCUUUGUACUUAUUAUUAAUUUUUUGCAUGGGCUUGGUAUGGCCUCGGGUUAUAAUUUGCAUUUGCAUGAAAUAUCUUGUUUCUAUUUGUGGUUUCUUUUAUGCUUAUCCUGCACUAAAUCUGUCACAGUAGCUCGAAUUACUUGUCACAAUAGCUGGAUUUGCAGCUGAAUCUUGUCGGGGGACUUUCUGCAUAUGGAUUCAGCUUGAUAAUUUGAAGCAAUUGUCCAAGUUCUCAUGCAAAGGACGAGGGAAAACUUCCCCCCACCUCCCACCCUCCCAAAAAGAAAAAAGAGUAUGGGAAUUUUUAAAAACAAGAAAGAAAAGGUUGAGUCUGGAUGCCAAAUUUCUGGAAUCAGCCAACAGAUUUUAGCUCAAAUAUAUCCUCAGCAUUAUUCAGACCUGCUCUCUCAAUCUAAAUCUGGCCAUAUAUGAAAUUAAUUCGAUUUUAAGAACUGCUCCUAACCUGACCACAGUUCUUAACUGGCAGUAAAAACUCGAUUUAUUGUGUUUGUCCCUAGGACCUUUUGACUGUGCUUUUCUGGAUAACAAGUAAGACUGGGUAAUUGUGUGGUUGAACUCACUGGAUUUUUCAAAGCUAUGAACCUUAUUAUAUUUUUUCUUAUCAUGCUUUUUGAUUAUUUCUAGUUGCUGAAAUUGAUACAAAAAAUAAAAAAUUUUAACCAGAAGUACUUUUGAUGACCUUUUGAUAUACACAAGUUUGUAACUCAUUAAUGCAUCCUAGAUACUUGUUGGUUGCUGCAUAAUUUGACAAAGUUGUAAGUUGAUAGAUUGCUUUGCUUUGAUUUGAUAAAUAAUAA